UUUGGAAGUAACACAACACUCUCAGCCACAAUGAACUCAAAGAAAGGAACAGAGCCUCUUUUUUUGAUGGGAUUUAAUAUUUGGCAUUAGUGUUUUGUAGUAAAAUUUGAGAGAAAAAAAAGCACCAAAUCCCAGCGCCUGUUUUCCCAGUAUUUGGAGUUGAAGUCUUCGCAAAAAUUAUAGAAGAUGCAUAAACAAUAUACAUCAGUGAGCCCCACCGAUGACAUCACUGUAAGGACUGAGAAUGGACCUCGAUCAAAGAAAUACCGCUACGUACGCAAAGAGGGCAACUGUAACGUUGUGUUCCGGCACGUUCCUGAGGAGUGGCUGCUGUUUGUGACUGACAUCUUCACCACUUUGGUGGAGAUCAGAUGGAGGGUGAUGUUCCUGAUCUUCGCACUGUCUUACAUCCUGUCCUGGCUCUUCUUCGGCAUCCUCUUCUGGGUCAUCGCUCUUGCUCACGGUGACAUCCAAGACCACACGACUGAUCCCUGCGUGUACGAGGUGCGCAGCUUCACAGCUGCUUUCCUCUUUUCGCUUGAAACUCAAACCACCAUCGGCUACGGUUUCAGAGGAAUGUCAGAGAACUGCAUGAUCGCCAUCAUCGUUGUUACUGUACAAGAUGUCAUCAGCUGCUUCAUUGACACAUUUGUCAUCGGAAUUGUUGUCGCAAAAAUGGCCUCUGCCAGAAAGAGAGCACAGACAGUGGGCUUCAGCAACUGCGCCGUCAUCAACCUUCGGGAUGGUUUCUUGUGUCUUUCCUGGAGAGUUGGGGACUUCCGCAGGCACCAUCUGGUGGAGGGGAGCGCUUGUGCCCAAAUUGUCCACUCCACAGUACAUGCCACGGGGAAAAUGGACGUCACCUAUGAAGAUCUGGUCAUCCAGCAGAAAGACAUCGUCCUGGUCACACCUACAACCAUCUUCCAUAGGAUUGAACCCAGCAGUCCUCUGUACAAAAUGAGUUUGGUCGAUCUACGGAAUGCUGACUUUGAGCUGGUGGUGUCUUUUACCUACACGGACGAUUCCACAGGUAUGCUGCAUCAAAGCCGAACCUCAUACAUUACAGCUGAAAUCCUCUGGGGUCACUUGUUCCAGGAGAUGAUCCGGGUCAGCAGGAGGAACUACCGGGUGGAUUACACCUUGUUCAAUCACACUGCUAAAGUGCUGGUGCCUGAGGUCAGUGCUGAGGAGUAUGAAAUCAAGAAGCAGCUGCGGCCUUCUCCUCGACAUUCCCCACGGCAUUCACCUAGAUCUUCACCCAGACAUUCACCUAGAUCCUCAACACGAAAUUCACCCAGAUCUUCCCCGCGCCCCUCUCCAAGGUCUCAGCAGAAAAAUCAUCAUGAAAACCUUCUGAAACCCCCAACGGUAACUGUAGAGCUUGUGAAUGAUAGUCAAACUGAAUCAACUGACUCAACAUCUCAAGUUGACAAUAAACAUCGAGACACAUUGGCUCUGCCAAAUGACCUCACAAGUUCAGAAAUAUAGAAGCAGAGCCAUGAUGUUGAAGGUGGCCAGACAUUGUGCCACUUCCUCAAAGAAACCACUGAUAAAGGAAUAUUCAGUAUGAUCUGAGUCUUAUUGGCUGUACGAAUGUUCAAAGCUGUGGCAUUUGUUUUUUGUUUUGUUUUGUUUUUUUUUUGACCAUGUGAUUUGUUUAAAGUGACACUCAAGCCAAAAUGUGUUUUCUGAAUUCCAACCCUUGCAGGCUUGAAAAAUGUUGCCCAUUCAAUCCAAUGAGAUCUGCUCAUCCAUCACAUGGGAGCUAUUCAAAUGAUUGUUGGCUGUGGUUUUCCAUCGGUCAUGUGACCAUCGCCUUGCAGAUUAUAGUGGUCUUUGAUAGUCUCCCAAGACUACAUCAAAAUGCUCCACCUUCCCAUCCCAAACAUGGCAGGUGCUGCCUCUUGCCCCGUCCUGAUGUUCCUUUUUUUAUUUUUAAUCGAGCUGAUUUCACACGGACAUGAAAAAGCUAUGGUAGAUUUUGGGAAAGUUUUACAUAACAAAAUGCUAAAAGAUGAAGGUCCCGAGUCCAAGAAUUGACACUGGUUCAGCUGCGCUAAAACGAUGAUGCUUGGCGCACCUGUGAAGCCAGGCUGCAGCGCUCACCAUUUGAUGUUUAGCACAUACAAUGUUUACCAUGUUUACUAUCUUAGUACAUUUACUUACAUUUGCUUAUUAGUACUCAAAAAAGUACAGCGGAAGUAGACAUUAUUUUAGUUUUGCAGGUAUUUGGUCAUAAACCAGUUUUGGCCCAGUUUAAAUUUCUACCUGAUGUUGGCGUGACAUCAUAAGAAGGAGGACAUAAAUUUGUGUCUCGCAAUUUGGGGUAAUUAGAGUUUGAAUGUGACAGACGGACAGUUGUGCAAUCAUGCAGUGGGACUGGUUUGAGAGGGUCCCUAUGGGAAUUUAUUGUAAGUGACUUGAAUUAAAGCUGACCACAGCUUUUCUCCUUGAGCAAUGGAAGUACACAAUUUUACACGGACCUAUUAAGACUUCACAGGGUCAGGAUUCAAUACACAAAAUUUAAAGUCUUGGCAGAGUGUCACUUUGAACAGUUCAAAAUAAUUGCAUAGCAAUAAUACAAAACACAGGCCAGUUACUGUUAUCGAAAUAAACUGAAAGUAUGUUUCACUAAUGAAUUAAUUAAUAUCAGUUUUAAUAAAUAAAGCCUUUACAGAGUUACUUUAAUAUUCAGUUCAAGGCUACUGUAGACUUGAGUGAAAACAAUGAAAGAUGCAUAUUUAAGUGGGUGCCAAAUUGUCUUUGUACCAUCAAUGGACAUUAUGGUGAGAUUAGUUUGUCAACCGCUUUUGCCAAGGUCCAGAAUUAACUUGCAGUCUCAAUCUUUAUGCCAAUAUGGAUGGAAGCAAUUUAAAAAGUUGCUCGGAACAACGGGAAUGUGAACAUCUACAAUUCCAUGAUCAUGCAAGACAGCUGGAAGCUCAAGAACAGCUACUAAAUGGACCUUGACGCGAGAUUGUUGUGUCAACUCUUUGUAUAUUUUGUGUAAAAAGAAAAAGAAAACUAGACCAAAAUUUUAGAGAGUAAAUGUGAUUUGUGUAUAAAAAAGAAGGUCUCUACAUUUUAUCCUUCAUGUUUCAUGACUUUGACUUACUAAUGUUUGAAGUCAAACCACUGCUGGAGUUAAGGUGUCUUUAUGUUUGUGGUGUUGGUGGAGUCCCAUUUGUUUAUUAUUUACAGGGCGUCAUCCCAUUCACUUAUUAUUGUGUGAAUAGUAUUAGUGUGAUUAAGCCUGUUUAUGGUCCUCGGAGGUUUUUGUAGAUAAGUAUUUUAUAUCCGCAAAUAUGCUGGAAACACAAGAACAUUGAACAAGCAUCUGCUGUGACAAACUGAGCAAAAUGAAUUUUCUAAUUUUGCUGAUAGUCAACCAUCAAGCAGAUCUGAUAAAAUAUGUUUUUUAAAAACAGAAAACAACCGCAGUGCCAACAAUUUCAAUAAAUUGAUGUCUAAAUGUCCGGUUAAAGUCUUCCCUUCCUCUGCUAAUCGUGUGUUUGUCUGAUGGAUCAUGGUUCUUGUCAAGGAACAAAAGCUCUGAUCGGGAAAAUCUCUCUGACGUCAAGUGAGCAGACGGACAAAAGUAACCAGAUGCUGCUUCCCAACCUGCUGCUGCGCUGCUUUGAUGACCGUUUAAUCAGAUCAAAAACAUGUUUCCUUUUUAUCAUCUCUCCAGAAUAGAUCAAUCUAAAGCCCAUGAUGUUAUUCAGGCACGAGAUCAUGUCAGUGUCGAUUUACUGUGUAGCCUCAUUUCUACCUGUUCAAGGUGGUUUCAAGCUGAUUGUCAGACCUCAGACCUCAUAAUGUUCCAUCUACAGGGGUCAAGACAGUCCAGUCAGACUGACCACGACCUGGUGAUGGCACUUCUUUAGUAUAUCACAACAAAAUAGUGGAAGCUGUUCCAAAUACUGCCAAAUAUGUCAGUUUUUGUUGUGUAGAACAUAUUUUAUCAGAUAAGAUGAGACGUAAGUGGUCCUGAGAGGAGAAGUUUCUAUUACAGCAGCACAGAGAAAGGCUGAGAUAUAAGAAUAUAUUUCAGCUUCUGAAGGAAGAAAUAACAGAAAAAAGUUUGAGGGGGACUUGAAUUUGGAAAAGUUUACGCAAAAAGAAAUCUCGUGUUUCUUUUUGUUGAUGCCUGAUGUGAUUUCCAGUACAGUGUUAUUACAGACAGCAGUGAUGGACAAAUGCACUAAUGAAAAGACCCAAGUUGUAACAAACCAUACUUCCACUCCAAUAUCAAGUCACCGGGUUGAUUCAGACUUGACCUAUUUAAAAGUGUAAUACUGCACUGAAAUGUGAGUCUCCAUCUGACAGCAACAAAGACAGAAAGAAGAUGUUUGUUAUCAUUUUCUUAAGGAAAAAAGAACUUUAGUUUCUGGGUCAGACCGAACAUCACAUCUAAAAUAAUCAGCUAAUUGACUGAAUUCAGCAGCAGACCCAGUGGUUUGUCUCAUUUUUUAGCAUCUAGAUGCGGCGCAAGAGGAAAUACAUGUCAUAUAUGUCAAUGUCAUUAACUCUCAGUGUUGUAUGACUGUUAAUGUGUAAGUUCACGGAGAGAAACAAAAAGGCAAACUUGUUUCCUGUGUUCACAUUUGGUUAAUAAAGUUGAUUCCGACAGAGCACAAAGAGGCUAGAAAUCCUAAAACAUGGAUGUUUCACACACACGUUCAACACAGACGAUCUGAACAAUCAGCACAGCUUCAAGGUGGACGCCCAAGAUUAGUGUCACUAACUCAGUAUCUGACCAGCUGUGAAAUAUUGCCACAAUCUCCCUUCUGUAAUGAGCUAUGGGGUCAAAUAAUGGCCAGGAAAAGUGUCUCUGAAAAACUUUAUGAUGUUACUGUGAAGAUGACAUUUGACCAUUUAGAUCAUCAUUUCAGAAUCUUAUGCCAGAGAAUCCCAAAGUUUGGGCCGCGGCCAACUGGUGGGCAGUGAGGGUACUGCAGGUGUGCUGUGAGGGGUCGUUUUACAAUGAAUAAAUAAAACGUUCUCAAUUUUGUAAUUAAGUUUGAAAUAACAAUAAAAUAUUUAUAUAAAUGUA